AUGGAUCAAAAUAUAACAACAAUCAAGGAGAACUUAGAAAGUCUCCGCUAUUCCAACGCCAAUUACGAAUCCCGGUACUUCUUCCCCGAAGGUUCUCUUCUCGACUUUUUUUCCGACUCUACCACCAAAAGUGCCCUGCAAAGUCUCUCCAUACCACAACAUGAGAUCCCUGAUCUAGUGAAAAUCAUACUGCGAGGUGCUUUCUCCCUUCCGGAUGAUCAUUUACCAUAUAGUGAAGAGGUGCUGGAGCAUAUCUUCGGUGUGGAGAAGAUUGAGGAUGCCUUGGGCAGCCGAAGAACACAUCCUUGGAUCAUCAAGUUUCAGGAGAAGCAGUGGGAAGUUGCUGUACCUAUCUUGAAACAGCAUAUCCUAUUGCGCAAACUUGAUGAUAGAAUUAUUAUGCCCUAUCUCUCCGAGGAGCCUGUAGGCAACGGAUCGGGGGGCACAGGAUCUCAGCUCGUCUGUGCUCUGACAGACUUGAGUUCCGCUCUUGCUGCGCUACACAAUUUUACAUCGUUGGCGUUAGAGAUGAGUCUCCUGGGUUGUCAUCAUGAUCUUGCGCCAAGAAACAUUUUGAUUCAUAACGGCAAAUUACUGCUCGCUGAUUUCGGGCUGUCCACUCUUAGAAACCUUGAAGAUAGUUCUUUAACCACUCACAAAGACGCUCGAGGUUUCUACAACGCGCCCGAGUGCCAAACAAUACAGGAUGAGAGGGUCAAGUCUCAGAAGGUUCGUCGGUCAAGUGAUGUUUGGUCAUUUGGUUGCAUACUUCUAGAGGUCUUAACAUAUAUGCUUCGAGGUUCUGAUGGAGUUUCACUUUUCAAAAAUCAGAGAAGGGCGGAGAUUACAGUUGGCUUCACAUGGUUCCGGUUCCAUCUAGGCCCUGAUGCGGAAAGCCCGGCUGUGAAAUCUUGGCUGGAGGAACUACGAAGAGAAGCCCAUGAGCCAUAUCAAGUCUGGAUGAUUGUUCUAAUAAGUGAGAUGUUACAGCUGGACCCGGGUAAACGUCCAUCUGCUGAAAGAGUUUUCACAGCACUCCGAGCUAUUUUUAUUUUAUCUCUCGCCGGAUCUGUUGAAAAGGGAAUGGAAACUAUUAAGGAUGGAUGUUCUCAGAUUCUUGACCAAGCUUUGAACCAGAUGCGCUACAAAAGUUGGCUGUUUGCUUUCAACAAACUCUUUGAAUCCUUCAUGAACUCAGCUGGCCAGAAGGAGUCCCAGAAUAUGGACUUUAUUUAUCAGACAACGCUGGAAGCGCUAAAGGAGGCCUCGCAGGUCUUUUCCGGCUCUUUUGAAGGUGGAGUCAAUACCAGCACCCAUCAGAAGUCAUCCUUGUUCCGUUAUCAGCUUGUUAGGCUUCUUGAUGCACUCCCGUUUCAAUAUCGCUCUGUCGCCAAGGAGCAUUUGACAACUUCAAUGCUAACCCACGGAGAACCGGACAUUCAGGGAGAGCUUUCUGCGGCAAUGUCCCAGGAUGACGAUGUUGGGACUUUCGUUGUUGUUAAGCGACUCACAGCUCUGAUCGAAGAGCCACAUUUGGAACUUGAUCGGAAUGAUAUUAUACACCUCAGAGCUGUCGAUAUCCAUGACUUGUCAACGAUAGAAUUCGGUCCCAAGCGCGUAUUGGUGGAGUGGCUCGUCUACAAAGGACAGCGGGCUGACGAGAAUAAUCGGCGGAAUCUUGGGCAGCGAGUGACCUCAAUCGUCAACCUUCCCCAUAAAGAUGCUUUUGCUCAGAUCCCCGGAACCUUGCCAUGCAUAGGAUUGUUUCAUGACCCAUCUAAAACAGCAUUCGGCGUGGUCUACGAACUGCCGUCGCUCACAACGAAUGCACUAACACUUGGCCACCUGCUCGGCUUGGGCGUCUAUCGACCUCCACUCGAGGAUCGUUUCAGGCUGGCCAAAGAUAUUUGUGAGAGAAUUCAUACAGUUCACAAAGUCGGAUGGGUACACUGUAAUAUAAAUCCUUUCAAUGUGCUUUUCUUCCCUCAAGAGCCGGCUAUCGAGUCUGAGUGCGCAAAAAGCCCGCGGAUAUUCGGGUUCGCGGGUAGCCGAGAAAGCAAGCUGGACUCGAUUACCCUUGGACCUGACACAAAUGACCUGAGGAUAUAUCAGCAUCCUAAUUAUAUUCAUGGGAAGACCCGCUACAGAGAGGAGUUUGACUACUACUCUACCGGCUUGAUUCUAUUAGAGAUUGGCCUUUGGAGCACGCUCACCACUCUCACAAAGUCAAGAACGUUUCAAGGAGCCUCGCCCAUGAAAUUUAGAGAGAUGAUCAUUGAAAGAAAGGUUCCUGAACUUCGGGAAUCAAUGGGGAGACGCUACAUGGAAGCUACGGAAGCUUGUCUCCAAGGUGAAUUCACACUAAGUCCGCUGGAAGCAGAAGGCGGAGGACUUACAUCGAAUUCAUCAUUCAAGACUUUGGUCAUAGAUAAGAUCCCGUUGAUUGAUUAA